AUGGCGGGGAAUGAAGUGGUAAUAGAAGGCACGGGAGAAGAUGAUAGUUCAAACCAAUAUGAGUUUCAGCAUGGCCAGUUUAACAUACAGCAAUCUAAAGAAGAAAGAAAAAGGAUUCGAGAAGGAUACAGGGUUCUCAUUGAUGAUUUAAAAACAAACAGACAAGAUUUUGUACGCCCAAGCUCAAACAGACUGGAUGAGGCACUCACAGAGACAGAUGAGCUGUAUAAAAAUGUAAAAAAAUCAACGGAGCGAGUGCUAGACUCAUUGGCUGUCCGAAUCAUAUCAAAUUAUGGUCGCCAGACAGCAGAAGCUGUUCAGACAGACUUUGUCAAAUUUAUACCUGAAGAGUUUGCAGAGAAACUGGUCACAUUCAUUGGUGGCCAGCGGCCCGGAGAGACAUCAGGAUCUGUUAGGAUAUCCGGUAACGGAUGGGCUGCUCUCGGCAGGUCUACACAGAAGCUCUUCUGUAAAUCCCCACCACUUCACAUCAUGAGUGGGACAUUCCAGAGAGGGGAAUUUGAAGGUAAAAAGAAUCCAAUAAUACGAUGUGACAGAAGGCAAAAAGAAAAUGAGACGGGAAAGGCCACUGUACCGAAAAAGGUGGAAUCUUUUGAUGACGCAGGUGAUGUGGGGACGUCACAACAUAUAGCCAGAGUGCUCAAGUAUUUGCAGGACUUUUAUGAAAUGGAAGGCUGUCAACCCCUGUGUUAUUUUGACUUUGUCCUUGACCCCGACUCCUUCGGUCACACUGUGGAGAACAUAUUUCACACAUCAUUCUUAGUUUCGAGAGGCUUUGCAAAGAUUUCCCUUGAUAAUGAUAAGCUACCUCAGAUUGAGCCCAUUAGAAACGAGGAAGAAGGUGAAAGACCCAUGAUAGCACAAAAGAACCACCAGACGAUCAUCUCGAUAACACCUGCAGACUGGAAGGAAUUGGUAGAAGUAUUUGGUAUGAAAAGGGCAGCUAUUUCGCGGAGCAGCACUGCUAAUGCAAAGAAAGUCCUCCAACAAACACCUCAGAAAUCACAGGCGCAGCCCACACCUACAGGAGCUCUACUGGACAGACACAGCUGACAAUAACUUAUUUAACAUAUCUUAUGUGUUCAGUUUUAUAUCCUGUCAAAAUGAACAUUUUUAACCCAUGUUGACAAUUAAAAACUUCCUUUUACAUUACAUGCAGUUAGAUCAAUAAUAACACCAGGAAUCAUUCACUUUAUGUGAACAUUUGAGUUAGACAUUUACACAAAUAUGUAUUUGCUAUUUUAACUCUGGAAUGUAACUGAGACACUUGAAUCUAAAAUAUCAAUCCAUUAACUCAUUCACCCCUGAAAUUUUGUAAUGAACUAUUAGAACCUUUGAAUUGGAAGGGUUCAAACGUGUCUUCAGGGGUAAAUGAGUUAACAACAGUUGGCUUCUAGUUAUUCUCUCUUUAUACUGCAUACACAUUACUUAAAGCUGGCAGUGCAAGUUAAAAAGAUUUCAUUUGCGAUUUGAAAAAAAAAAGGUUUAUUCAACUGAUCCGAUAAAAAAAUGUUAGUUUAACAUUGUGAAAGUGUUCUCAUUAUAUAGCAUAGUGUCACCUUGUGCACAUGUUGAACAAAUGAUAACCAGUUUGACAGGUAAUGCGCUUUUUAUACCCAGCUAGACCCAUACUCGUUACCAAGCACAGACAAACUUAAAUGUCAACACUUCCUUCGAAACGAUAGUCGGAAGAGAUGGGGAAGAAUCAAAACCAGAUUUCUUUUUUUUCUUUUUUCUUUUUAAAAAAAAUCACAAUUAAAAGAUUUUUAACUUGCACUGUCAGCUUUAACAUAUUGCUAUUGUAAUAUACGAUCAAUGCAAACAAUUUGUGUCUGCAAGUUUUUUAAGUUACCAAAAAAAAAAGGUUUAAAAAAAAACAGCCAUCAAAUACAUGUACACAUAUAGAACUUUUGACACAUGCACUUGGUAACACAGGUAUGCAGUUGUACUUCCACUACCAAUUAAUACAUUGUACCUACGUUUGUUUAAAUGAGCUUAAACUAUUGUUACUUUGUAAUUGUUUUAGAAGAAAAUGAGAGUCUUGUAACACAAUAUGUUUGUUUCUUAUUGAAAAUGAGUAACAGAUAAGCUUCCUAAUUUAAGGGUAUACACUAGCAGUGCCUGGUUAAAAGACAUUAGUUAUACCUAUGUCAAAUUGGCCUUGUGUUAUUCAUCAACCACAUUUUAUGACUGUCUAGUUGGCCUUGUCUUUUAAACUGUAAAUAAUCUAUAGAUUGUAUGCUUGGUAAUACAUACAACACACCCUUAUUGAUGAUUUAAACAUAAUGAGUAAUAAUGUUAUUAUUUUAACCUACAUUUCAUUGUUUUUCUAAAUUCAGACAUUAAUAUGAUUUAAUAUGCAACAGUAAACUUUUUUAUGGAUAUUGACAUUUUUCUUGCUACAGUAUAACAAGAUGUAACUUGCUACAGUAUAACAAGAUGUAACUUGCUGAUCGUAACAUGUACGUGUCGUACAUAUAGAGUUUUAUUUUGUGAUUGGAUAUCAAGGGUUUUGAUACUGAAAUUUACAAAUAUAAAUAUGUAUAUUUAAAAUAAUCAAUUUACAUAUGUAAAGGUGUUAAUUGUUUUGAGAUCUAAUCUUUGGUAUAGAAUUGUUUUCAUUGAAAACAAAUUUGACUGAUAUGGCAAUAAUUUAAGUUAAAAUUGCCACAAGAAAUAUUAAAAAAAAAAUAUCUUUGAAAAAGGAGGUUAAAUAUCUUUGAAAAAGGAGGUUGCAGUUGCCAAGUAGUUAAAGGCGUCUGACAUUCUGCUACCAGCUAGCCAUACACCUCUGGGUUGUGGGUUUGAGACCUUUGUGAGGCAGUCGCCAGGUUCUUGUCGUGAAUGGUUUUUCAGAACUUCCUUCACCGCCAAAACCUGGCACAUCCUUAAAUGACCAUACCUGUUAAUAGGACGUAAAACACAAACUAAAACCAAAACUUUUUGAAAAAUGUAUUUCCUGAUAAUUUUAUUGUUGAUUAUAUUGAAAAUGUUGUUACUGAAGAAACGAUUGAUCUUAAUAGAUGUGUCUAUAACUUCAACAGCAAUGAGGGUACCUAAACAUAUGUAUAAUUGCUCAUGAUCAACUUCCACAGAACUUGUAGAAGAGUUAUCUUCCCGCCUGAUUCAGGGCUUAUCUCUCUUACACUGUUAGUUAGUAGGUCAGUAACGUUUCAUUUAUAAAUUUGAUAGAUCUGUUUUUGUUGUCAAUAAAUAAAAUCAAUUUAUUACGGGGAUCAAAUUGUGUAAGAAAUUGAAAAAGAACAUGAAAAAAACAUAAAAGAUAAAAAGUUCAAGAAUUAAUUAUUUAGCUUGAGAACCCAAAAUAUCUAAACUCGUUUUACUACAAUUUAACUUACUAAAGUUUUUAAUGUCAGGUUUCUUGAAAAACUUACUUUCAUUGCAAAAAAAGUACAUGUGUGAUUAAAAGGGUGACUCGUAACCUUUGUUUAAAUGUUGAUAUGUCAGUGUGGUAUUGAAUGCUGGUGUACAGAUUUGUACAUGUGCAUAAAAAGGAAUCCGUCAUACCAACAAUGUGUGUGCAUUCAUGAUAUUUUGUUGUCAUAAACAUUCUUGUAUAUCCCAGUACUGGUGUUAUUCUUGCUAGAGGGUAAAACUUGUUUUAUUAAAUGAAUGUUAAUCAAAAUCUUUGUAUGUUGAGAAGUUCAUCACUUCCAUGUAUUUUUAACAACCAUCAUGUUUGUAGUAAUUUUACAUGUAACAGCAUUCUUGAAUGUUGGAAUCUUUACAACAUUCCUGUAUAUUGGAGUUUUCACACUAUUUUAUUUUUAUGAAAGCUGUACAAAGUUCUUUAAUAUCAGGUUUUUAGGUCACCUGAGCUUUAGCUCAAGUGACCUAUUGCUAUCCGUCUGCGUCCACCGUCCGUUGUCCGUCGU